AUGUCCUGGGAGCAGUGGCGAGGCUGGGUCAUGAGGACUGCGGCGAUCCUGUCGGCCUACGCCACCGAGGUGGAGCUGGGAACCCUGGCGCCCUGGCUGGGGUUCGCCACGCUCAAGGCCGCGGCGCGCUGGCUGCGGGGCCAGGGCGCGGUGGUGACGCGGGGCUGCCUGGACGUCAGGGCGUCCAGGCAGGGGGUCCGGGCUCGCAGGGCCGCGCCGGAGUGCAAUGGGCGUGAGGGGGCCUGA